AUGAGCGUGAAGACGGUUCUAUCGAUUCUGUCGCAUGUGGUUCAUGGAUAUGUGGGCAACAGAUCGACGGUUUUCCCGCUACAAUACAGCGGAUGGGACGUGGACGCUAUAGAUACCACCAAUUUUUCAAAUCACCCCGGCUACGGAACGUUCCAGGGCAAGGCAAGCUCUCCGGAGCUUGUCGAGAGUCUAUUUGAAGGUAUCAGUGAUAUAAUUGACGCAGAUUGGGAUUACAACAUGAUUUUGACCGGGUAUGCGCCCAAUGAAGCGGUGCUAAAGGUGAUACACCAGAAAGUGGAUGAUAUCUUCCAGAAAGCCACCACGAGGCCAGUAUGGGUACUAGAUCCAGUGCUAGGCGACAACGGCAAGCUCUAUGUUCUGGAAAAAGUGGUUCCCGUGUAUAGGGCCAUUCUUUCCAGCGGGAAUGUAACCGUGGUGACGCCCAACCAAUUUGAGUUCGAGUUAUUGAGCGAUACGCCGAUAUCGAACUGGGAGUCGCUUGCUACUGCAUUCGACCGGUUUCACCAGCACUACGACGUGCCGUACGUGGUGCUAUCGUCGGUCAUACUAGACAAUCUUAUGUAUUCUGUGGGGUUCACGGCCGCGGAAAACAAGAUAUUCUACAUUCCCAUCGACAAAAUCGACUGCAACUUCAACGGGUGUGGCGACUUAUUUGCUGCCUUGCUAGCCAACGCAUUCUACUCGAACGAUUCGGUUCUUACACCGAGAGUAUUGAGCGAUGUAGUGGUGAAGCUCACCAAGAUCUUGAACCAUAGUUAUGACUGCGAGAAACAAAUUACAGGCUCAAACGACAUAAAAUUAGUCAAGGACAUCCGUAUCGUGUCCCUGAGACAUGUACUAUUACUGGAUAAUGGUAACGAUCUUGCUGAUGCCGCUACGUACUUAUAG